UUGCGCGUGGGCGGAGCUUCACACAGCAGGUUUGUGUGCGUCUCUAUAGCGGUGAGACAGAAGAACAGAAGAAGACCGGAGCAAAUGAGACACGGGCUGAAUACGCGACGGGAGAGUCUGAUCUGGGAAAUUACACGCGUAUUUUGGACCAAGAGUUAGCCACGCCCAUAGCUGAAAAUGUCAGACAAUGGGGAAAUAGACGACAAGCCACCAGCUCCGCCCAUGAGGAACACCAGCACUAUGAUUGGUUCAUCCAGUAAAGACUCGGGCCCGCUGAAUCACGGCUCCAAACCGCUGCCACCGAAUCCAGAAGACAAGAGAAGAAAAGAAGGUUUUAUUCGAUCAAUACUCACUGGAGGCGGAGACAAAACCAAUAAGAAGAAGGAACGUCCAGAGAUAUCUCUUCCCUCAGAUUUUGAGCACACCAUCCACGUUGGCUUUGAUGCUGUCACAGGAGAAUUCACAGUGAGUGGAAUGCCAGAGCAGUGGGCACGAUUACUCCAGACAUCAAACAUCACCAAGCUGGAGCAGAAGAAGAAUCCUCAGGCCGUUCUCGAUGUCCUUAAGUUUUACGACUCUAAAGACACGACCAACAGCCAGAAAUACAUGAGCUUUUCAGAUAAAAAUGCAGAAACCUUCAACUCUUUAAAUGCAGUGAACACCAAAACCGUUUCUGAGACCCCUGCGGUGGCCACCGUCUCUGAGGAUGAAGAAGAGGAAGAGGAUGAAGAUGAGGAUGAAGAUGAUGACGCAACGCCUCCACCUACGAUUGCUCCUCGCCCUGAGCACACCAAAUCUAUCUACACCCGCUCUGUUAUCGAGCCUCUUUUUCCUCCACUGCCCACCAAAGAUGCCACCACAUCACCCGUCACCAGCGCAGCGGCAGACGGAGGCAGCCCGACCCCGACGCCCUCCACUACCACCACAACCACUACAACCCCACCUGCCCCGUCCACACCACUAAGCACAGACAAGACACGCAAGAAGAAGAUGAGCGAUGAGGAAAUACUCGAGAAGCUGCGAAGUAUAGUCAGUGUUGGUGACCCAAAGAAGAAAUACACACGAUUUGAGAAGAUAGGGCAAGGAGCAUCUGGUACAGUAUACACAGCCAUAGACAUCGCCACAGGACAGGAGGUGGCCAUUAAACAGAUGAAUCUUCAGCAACAGCCGAAGAAAGAGCUGAUCAUCAAUGAGAUUCUGGUCAUGAGGGAAAACAAAAACCCCAACAUUGUGAAUUACCUGGACAGUUACCUGGUAGGAGAUGAGCUCUGGGUGGUGAUGGAGUAUCUGGCCGGAGGUUCCCUGACUGAUGUGGUCACAGAAACGUGCAUGGAUGAAGCACAGAUAGCGGCCGUCUGCCGGGAAUGUCUACAAGCCCUGGAGUUCCUGCACUCGAAUCAGGUCAUCCAUAGAGACAUCAAGAGUGACAAUAUUCUCUUGGGCAUGGACGGCUCUGUCAAACUCACUGAUUUUGGCUUUUGCGCUCAAAUCACUCCUGAGCAGAGCAAGAGAAGCACGAUGGUCGGGACGCCAUACUGGAUGGCACCGGAGGUCGUGACCCGCAAGGCUUACGGCCCGAAAGUGGACAUCUGGUCGUUGGGUAUCAUGGCUAUCGAAAUGGUCGAGGGCGAACCGCCGUACCUCAACGAGAACCCACUGAGGGCUCUUUAUCUCAUUGCCACCAAUGGAACCCCAGAGCUGCAAAACCCUGAGAAACUCUCAUCUAUAUUCAGAGAUUUCUUAAACCGCUGUCUGGAGAUGGAUGUGGAGAAGAGAGGUUCUGCUAAAGAGCUUUUACAGCAUCAGUUCCUGAAAAUCGCAAAGCCUCUGUCCAGUCUCACACCGUUGAUCAUUGCAGCUAAGGAGGCAGCCAAAAACAACCGCUAGUCCCCCAGGAGGCCCCCGGGCCCCACCUCACCUCGGGCCCGACCUCACCUCCGCCCCGACCCCCAGAGCGCCCCAUCAUCCGUAUCUCUCUCAGCCCGGUUACGGGCUCCUGUGGUGAGGUGUUACCCACCCCUCACCCUCUGGUUUUACUGUUAGUCUCAGAGGGCGUCUGAGGUCACCAAAAGGACCCAAAUGAUGACAUCACUGGAAAUUAUGUACUUAUGGCUCACAGUGCAUCAGGCCCAAGGGAUUAUGGGGGAUUUUCCCCUUAUAUUUCACUGGAUAGAGAGGAAUGUCCCACAGUCCUUGACUUUCUCUGGACCUCGCUGUCUGUUUAUUGUUUUUGGGUUUCUUUUGUGUUUAUUGCCUGUCGGUUCAUGAAAGCAAAUCCGUUUUUGAAAGUGGACUUUGUGGGCCUUUUUUUGUUAAUUCUACAACUUUUUUAAAGAUGUUUUGUGUGUGAGAGAAAGUGUGUGUAUGUGUUUGUGUCGGGUUAUAGAUUAGUUGAGAUUGCGUGAUGAGUUUGUACUCCAAUCUUAUCAAUUUAAAAAAGCCACAAACUGAAGAAUAAAUCUGGUACGGAGCCGUGCACAUUAUUGAUAUAAUGAUCUAUAAAAGACUAUCGAUGAUGAAGGUUUUAUGAAGGAUGCCUGUGCAUGAUGAAACAUAAACCUGAGGUUUUUACUGUCCCAUGACUCCCCCACACCAUAAAAAAGUAACAAAAAGCUUACUGCGUUGUUCGCAUGAAGAUAUUUUGUAUUGCCACAAACAUUAACAUCAAGGAAACUGGAAAAUAAAGUUUUUUGAAGUUGCAUUAUUGUAACCUUUGGCCUUAAACUGUGACAAGGAUACUACAUUGAUUUUAAAGAAGGCACAAGCGUCCAUGAUACAAUCUGGUAUUGUUUUGAUUUUUUCAAUGGACUUAAAGGAUCUGUGGAGAAGAAAAUAUUUCCUGUAAGCAAUCAUAAUCUAUCUAUGCGAGCCAUAAACUGUUUAUAAGGCUUUUUGAUUAUCAAAAUUCAUAAUUGAAAUGGGACAAAUAAACUUCAGAAUGAGUCAAAAAGUGGAGU